AUGAGUUCGAACUCAAUCAAACCCAGUCGUGCAGGCGCUUUGCGGCGAACACACGUGUCUAGCAUGGAGUACAAAGUGAUACUCGCUGUGGCCGCCUUGGUGGCCGUGGCGAGCGGCAAGAGCGUGUUCGUGGGACAGAUCUACGACCACAGCGGCGUCGUGCGGAAAGUGUACGAGAAGGCGGUGGAGGCGUCCGCGAUCCCGUUGAUCAAGAGGGAGCAGGAGGUGUACUUCGAGUACCCGCUCGGCGACCAGAAGAUAAAGGGCAUCGCCAUAAAGGACCUGGAGAACGGCCUCGCCGAUGCGUCCAUCAACAGGGGCGGCCUCGGCUUCAACUUCGUCAACGUCAAGCUGAAGAGCGAGCGCGGCUCGGGCUUCAAGUACCUCAUAGAGAUAUACGCC